AUGCCCGGUGAGCCACCAACCUUCCGAUUGACCGAAAUCAGGCCACCCCAGCCCAACAACAAAAACGACAAUUUAGUAUUUACAGCAGGUCGGGUGGAAACUGGCGUAUCUGGCAGAGACGAUCGGCGUGGAAUUCAAAUUCCGAGGGUUUGUGGCCAACAACUUGUCAUAUCUGGAGCUAGAGAUGCUGGAUUUGUGCCCGAUCGACGUGGAGGCAAUGGCGUAGAACUCGGUGUUCGAGCUCCACCACCUCCUUGGCCGGAGCGCCGGGAUGAACAAGGUGCUGUCGAAAAUCGAGGUGAUGAAGCCGACGAUCGUGAGUUCGUGACGGUGGUGGAGCAGGAAGCGAAUCGCAAUGGACCGGUGUUCGUGGACAGGUUCAUGGACGCGUUGCAGUACUACUCAAGCCUAUUCAACUCGCUAGAAGGGUCAUCGUGGUCGUCGCAACCGGCGAGUCAGAAUGUGGUGAUGUCGGAGAUGACAAUUAAUUUAUCAUAUUAUUUAUUUUUGUAA